AUGGUUGAUCUUGUUAGUAGUUUUAAUUUUUGGAUUCUAAGGCGCCGUUCGAACUCGAACGUUCAUAAAAUAGACAGAUACUGGGAAGCAUUGACUACUACUACUUUAACUGAUCACAUUCGUACAAUGCACUCAAGAGGGUAUAAACUACAAACAUUAGUACAUCCUUUAUUUUUCAGGCGGCUACACAAUAGUGUAAGAUGUUACUAUCAAACAAACACAACCUACAAUUCAUAUGAACAGGCAAACACGGAGCUAAUGACGGAUGAUAUACCUACAGUGAAUCUAGCUUUCGAUCGUUUAAAAGCUCCCAAUAAAAUGGGUCUCAAUGCCAACCCUUUGGUUAUCUUACAUGGCUUUUUCGGUAAUAAAUCUAAUAACCGUACAUUGGGGAAAGGGUUAAAUGAGAAGUUGAACAGAGAUGUAUACUUGUUAGAUUUAAGGAAUCAUGGUCGCUCUCCACAUAUUGAAAGACACGACUAUGCUUCCAUGGCCCAUGAUGUAGAGAAGUUCAUUCAAACGAAGAUUAAUAAAGAGAAAAAACCUAUUAUCAUUGGACAUUCGAUGGGUGCAAAGGUCGGGAUGAGUGUUGUGUUAAGGAAACCUGAUCUUUGCUCCAUGUUGGUUAAUAUGGAGAAUGCGCCUGUUAGUAAAGUUCCUGAAGGUAUAUUUCCUCGUUAUAUUAAGGCAUUACAGGAAAUCGUUCAGGAUGAAUCUAUAACUAAUUCUGAACAAGCGGACAAAGCCUUACAGAGAAUUGAAAAAAACGCAGUAGUUCGUCAAUUUUUAAUGACGAACCUGACAAGGGUUAAGAAAGACGGUAAGAACGGGUACAAGUCUAGAGUACCAUUAGAGAUCUUGAAUGAUGCUAUCGUUAAGGGUAAAAUCUCCGGUUGGGAGUUCAAUUCAUCGCUGAAUAGAUGGACGGGACCCACGCUAUUUAUCCGAGGCACUGAAUCUAAUUAUGUGGCGGACGAGUAUUUACCUGCGAUUGGCAAUUUCUUCCCCAAUUUCGAGUUGCGGGAUGUGAAUGCUGGUCAUUGGGUCAACUCUGAGAACCCGACCGCCUGUAUAGACUACAUUACGGAUUUCGUUGAAAGGCAUGAAGAUGUAUAG